CUAGUGGAGGUUCAUGUUGAGGUAUUUGUGGUUGGUCGUGACGGUGACGGUGAGGCCGGGCAGGGCGGCCGCCUCCCGGAUGCGGCGGAUGUACCCGGCGUACUUGUCCGAGUGCUGGCCGUCCAGCACACGGUUGAGGUCAGCCAGAGAGCCCACCCGGCACCGCGACACGGCCUCGCCCACCAUGCGAACCUGAAUCAAUGAAAUGAUAGACCCAGCACAGCCAACACAGACAAACAGACCAGGGAGGGAGGGACGGAGGGAGGGAGGGAACCACCCAAUCAGCCAAGCAUCAGACAGAUCACUGAGUGAGCACUGUCCGCACCUCAGCGUCGAAUCCGUCGUCGGCUGUUGUGUCGGUGACGGUCACUGCAAUGAAGGGCGCUAGGCACAGCACAAAGUACUCACUCGGCGGCCGCUGGGGCGGCGUGUUGGGCUCCUGCACGCCGCACCGAUGCACCCCCGCGAGCUGCCCCCCCAGCCCCCCCUGCCAGUUGGCCAGCAUGUCCUUGGCGGCCUGCACGUCGGCCGGCGUGCCGUCGGCCGCGAUGCGCACCGAGAGCGUCAUGGGGUUGGGUGCCUUGCGGUGCAGCUGAUUGAUCAGCGCCGCGUCGGAGAAGCGGAGCUGGAUUGGCUGGUUGAGGUAGGACACGGUCAGGUGUGGGUCGAUCUGCUCGCUGUCGGGCUGGUUGUCGUGGCGGUUGGCCAGCCUGAUGGUGGGCACGUGCAGCCGGCCGGUCGCGAAGUUGAUGGCAUCGAUGGUCGGCUCCGCCCAGCCGCCAUUGGGGUAGCUCCACGUGAUCGAGUGCAGCGGCGCCCCGAGCCCCGCCAGCGCCGGUAGCUCGUACUCGAGCACCGCCAGGGGCAUCGCGCCCACCUGCUGCUUCUCGUACUUCUCAAACAACUUCUCCUGCUCCAGACACGGACAGACAGCCCACAGACAGACAGACAGACAGACAGACGGACAGAUAGACAGACAGGUACACACAGCUGACUGACUGACUGACUGACCCCGAUCAGUUGACUGACCGUAUGUGUGUGUAUGCGUGUGUACCACGUGUUCGUGCGUGACGGUGAUGAUUUUUUUGUUGCUGGAGAGCGCCUUGAGGAGAAGCCACUUGUCCCACCGGAUGCCUAUGAGGCGGAUCUUCUCGCAGACCACGGCCAUCUUGGCCCACCGGUGGGCGUUGAGCCGGCUGAUGCGAUUGUUGUCCAGCGGAAUGGUCACUCUGAAGUGUCCGGGCAGCAGCCAGAGGGAGUACUGCUUCUCCACGGGCCGCUGCUUGGGGUGCGCGGAGCCCUGGCAGACCUUCUUGACCACGUCGCGGAAAAUGUACUGCCAGUCGGCAUCUACAGACACAUAUAUACCAUACAGAGAGAGAGAGAGAGAUCGAUGGAACAUGCAGACAGGCAGCGGAUAUAUGCGGGCGUGCAGGGCACUGCACGAACGUGCGUGUGUGCGUGCGGACGUAAGUACCUACCUUUGUGUUGGCAGAAGAAGACGAGCAUCGUCUCCACAGUAAGGAUUGCUUAAGCAACUCCAUAUACUGGCCAUGGGUAUUCUGCAACACACACCCCGGCGGCGCCGGCGGCUGCUGCUGCUGCUGCUGCUGCUGCCCUCCCCCUCCAGCCCCAUCAUGUCCCUGCGGCUGUCCCUGCGGCUGCGGCUGAGGCUGGACCUCCUCCACCGCGUCGUCCAUGGCCCACGAACGACAAUUAGUUGACGAAUGCGCACCACCCACCUACAGACAUACAUUCACAUGACACGUCACGUGACUCACGUCACGGCCAAUGCAUGCAUCAUUUCGCCGAGCACAGCACGAUAUGAUGCAGGCAUGCUUCAGACACAAUGCAUUGAGGGGUGUUGAAGGGGUAUUGAUGGGUGGGACGACCUGCCUGCCUGCCUGUCUGUCUGUCUGUCUGUCUGUCUGGGAGGGGGGGUAUAGUAGUAUAGAGAGGCGGAGUCCGCCGCGGAUGGCCUUUCGUACGUACCUGUGAGUGCGCGGGACGGUAAGUGGCUCAGCUGAGCACCCGGCUAGCGACGUCCAUCAAAUUCGACCCGUACGUCCUCUGCAGAGCGACUGACAUGACACCAACGAUGGCG